UUUCGAAGGAUCGGUUGCCUUCACUGCGCAGCCAAUUCUUACGUUCGAAAACUCACGUGUUCGCAAAUCGCGCGCAACUUCUCAUUACCUGUUAGUUUUUUUUUAAUUAGUAUUAGUAUUAUUUUUUUGAAUUAGUCGAAUUGGUUCUGUAGGAUUUUUCGAUUUCAUUUUUGUACUUUUGGAUCGAGGAUGUACGUGGAAUUCUGUGGCUUCAAUUGAGUGCGUCGAAACCACUCCAUCAUCAGGCAAAAUGUUUACACGGUUCGAUACGAAUAAAUCAACGAAAGGAGCCAGCAAACUGAGAAGGGAUCUGAUUAAUGCAGAAAUAGCGAAUUUACGUGAAUUAUUACCUUUGCCGCCAUCGACCAGGCAAAGGCUCUCUCAACUGCAACUUAUGGCACUUGUAUGUGUUUACGUCAGAAAGGCUAAUUAUUUUCAACAAGCGUUCAAAUGUCAUGAUGUAGGUUUGCACCAAAACCAAACUCCCAAUAUUGGAUUUUCUAAGGCUUUAAGCGGAUUUCUAAUGAUGAUGACCCAAAACGGGAAGCUUUUGUACAUAUCGGAUAAUGCUGCUGAGUACCUGGGCCAUUCCAUGGUGAGUGUUAUACAGGAAGACCUUUUGAUCCAUGGAGAUAGCGUGUAUGAUAUAAUAGAUAAGCAAGACCACCAAGCGAUCCAAUGCGAAUUGGGCAGGCCAGUAAACGCGGGGUCCAAUAGCAAUCCAAAUGAAGAAAGUCGAUUAUUUUUAUGUAGGAUGAACGUAUCCAGAAAUGCUAGACGCCAAAUGAGGUUUGGUGACCAAAAGGUAGUAUUAGUUCAGGGAAGAUACCUGUCGUUCCUUCCUCUAUGCAGUCGCAACGAGCCGGUGUUCCUAGCGACGUGCACCCCGGUCGCGAUGCCCGAAACGAGGGAGUGCAUCGUACAGGGUGCCACCAACGUCUUUACAUCCAUUCAUUCCAUGGACAUGAGGUUUAUCCAUAUCGAUACCAACGGCGAAUUCUACCUGGGCUUUCCGCGCUCCGAUCUGCAGGGGGUGUCCUGGUACCGGCUGCUGCAUUGGGAAUGCACGCGUGAGGCCCAAACCAAACAUCGACUCAUAACUCAAUCGGAACAAGAACGAUCCUGCAUCCUACUAGCGCAAUUCCAAAGAAGAACGGGCGAGUGGUUGUGGAUGCACUGCGUUCUGCAAGUAAAAGAAAGUUCGGAGAGCAAUCAACAGCCGGUAAUAGUAUGCACGAAUCAAGUCCUAAGCGAAGCAGAGGCGGCAGUCAUGAGAACGAACAGUUGGCUCUAUCAUUACUAUUCCGUACAGAACAAACUUCAAUACGGCCUCACCUACGACGUAGGGCCGUCUUCUAGGCUCCUCUAUUAUCCCGAGCACACGCAAACUCCCGAUUUCACGGCUUCCCACGAACCAGCCGGUUACGGCCACCUCGCCGCCAUGCCAAACACCCUGCAACCCCAUUUAACGCACCACGGCACCUCCACGCACCUGCACCACAACCAGCACCACCACCACCACAACAGGCGGGCGGACUCGGAGCCCGUGGACUACUCCUACAGCAAACGGAAGCCCAAGAAGGAGCUGCAAAAUCUGGAAUUGGAGGUCGCCGAUCACGACGUGGCCGACGACGGCGGCACCAGCGGCCUGCUGGUGGCGUCGCACCUGCCCGAACGGUCGCGAACCCUGCUGAAGGUCGAUCCGAGCGAGCUGAUGGACCAGUGGAACCCGAGCCCGCCGUGGUCGGAUACGCUGCAGAAGGUGCCCGAUCUCUGCCACCAGGAGUUGAGCCCGUACAUCGGCAGCGCGCCGCCGACGCCGACGGCGACGCCGAGCACGCAGACCAGCGCGUUCUCGUUCGAUUGGAUGCCGGAGCAGUACGUGCCGUCGAUGGCGGCUGUGAAUGUCAUGGAGGACGGCGGCGACAGGCAGAUCUACUGGCCCACCGAGCACAGGUUGUUUCCGCUUCAACCGCCGCCGAAGAGGAACCACGGGCCCACCAGGUCCGGAUCAGACGAUAGGGAUACACCUUAAACCUUGUGAUACUUAGUAAAUGGUUUAUUUUUUUUAUCUAAGUGCAAUAAGGCUUAGAAUUUUUUUUAUUUAUUUAUGAAAUUAGCGAAUUUUUUUAAUGUUAAAAUGAAGUUUUCCUGUACCGUCCAUUUGGUCAAAACGUGAAUCGUACUUGGCUAGUACAAAUAUAGGCAGGAUCUCAUCAGAGCAUCGAAUAGGUACGUGUUCGUGCGAAAUAUUUUUUUUUUGUAUAAUAUAAAAGUACUACAAAGGAACAACAGGGUAAUGAAUGAUAUAUCUGUUUGAAAAACCAACCCUGUAUAAUAAAAGUAAAAUGGAUAUAUUUUUAGUAUAUAAUGAGUAUCUUUAGGGUUUUAAAUUUUCUGUUCUUGUACAUUCGACAACUUUCUGAAGGUUACCGAUAUAAAAAAUACCUUUUUUUAUUUUUUGUACUCUUUUUAGUUUGAUGUGCAAGAAAUAAGUGCAAAAUUGCUAAAUAGGAGAUCUCAUCGAGCUCAUUUUUUGUCGAAAAUAUUAGACAACUAGUUUUCAUGUGAUAAAAAAAAUAAUAAAAUUCUCCUAGUAUUGUAACAGCUAUUCAAAAAUAGCGAAAGUAAGGAAUUAUUAAAUUAGACACGAAUAAAUUGAAUUGUUUUUUAUUUAUUUUAUUUAAAAAUCUCCGCAUUUCUUACAUAUUUUCAAAUAGUUG